AUGUCUCUCUGCUAUUCGUCAUGCUUCAGCCUCUACACGAGCCCGGCCUCCUCGGCCUGCCCGAAUCUGCUCGACUUGAGCUGUGUCUGCAAGAACAUGGAGAUCUUCAAUAGCUUUAGUUGCUGCAUUCAACAGAAGUGCGGCACAGGAGUAAUGGGCGAAACUGCAUGGAGCUGGGUUGAAGACAUGUGUGGAUCAUACGGCGGUGCGCCAGCAUCGCAACUCUCGUGCAGCAGCGGAAGUGGCGUAGUCAACACUCCGAUCCCCACCAUGGCCACAAAGACGACUGCGAACGUUGUCUACACAAACGCCGCAGGCAGCUACGGCUCAGGAGGAUCUAAUUGGCCCUAUGCAUACUCUGUUCCAGUGGUUCAUGCGUCGGCAUCCGCGAGCGCAAAUCCCUACUCGUCGUCGAAGUUGACUUCUGGUGCGUCGUCGGACCGAAGUGUGAAGGCGUUUGGGGUGGCUGGUUUGUUGUCCUUGGGUGUGGGUGCGCUGUUACUUACGGCGAUUUGA